UAGUGAACAGGUGAACUCAAUCAAAUUAACUACAGGAAAUGACUGACAACACAACAAAACAAGAGGACACUAAACAAAACCAAACCAGACUGCCCCCUGGUGGCACGGAUGCAGAUUUACUACAACAUUACUGUAGAUGAAGUAGAAAUAGAAUAGGAUUUUUAUCUCCAAGAAUCUUUAAAACUAAACAAAUUUACUUUACUUAUUUUAUUCUCUAAUAAUCAUCUAUACACGUCCUGUAAAACCUUUAUCGGCCAAAGUGUGACAGCGUUUCUACAUCAUGUAGAAAUUAAAAUUGUACAGAGUUGUUGAAUUUGAACAUAAAUAAAGAGACUUAAUGAUAAAUAUGUGACCUUGCUGUUAAAUGUUUGUUACAGAUGCACAGUUUAAACCUGUGUUUUAAUAUUAAAGCUUAAAAGCAGCUGUUUCCUGUGUGAGUCUGACAGGAAGACUUGUUCUAUGAACUCACUCAAACUGAUGGUGACUAAGUUCACUUCACUCACGAGUGUUGAUGCUUCAGUGUUGAAACGCAGCAGCAGCAGAGACUGAAGCUUCCAUCCAUUAAAACUGGAGUCUGGAUCCUGAAGACUGAGAGCGAUGAGCCGAGUACAAACCUACAAAGAAGGUGAAGCUGCUGCCUCCCAACAAGCAGAGUCUAACACGGGGUCAAAGGUCAGAUCAGAGAGAGUGGCCCUGCUGCUUCUCAGUGCUCUGCUGGCAGCUGCUGCCGUUGUUAUUUACCGUCUCUCUUUUGCACAUUUUCAAACCAAUAAAAAUCUGCAAAUGUUGAAGGAUGAAAAUGAAGCAAUGAGGGAAAAUCUGACAGCUGAAUCGUGUCCAACGUGUGAACCAGGCUGGGAUCAACAUGGAGGAAGCUGUUAUUAUUUCUCCUCCAAUAAACUGAACUGGAACCAGAGCAGAAGUGACUGUAAAGGUCGAGGAGCAGAUCUGGUCCAGAUAAACAGUAAAGAGGAGCAGAGGUUCCUGGACGACAAAGUGGGAGGAAAAAUUACUUCUUAUAUCGACUCGUUCUGGAUCGGACUGACAGAUUCAAAGGAAAAAGGCAGAUGGUUGUGGGUGGACGACUCACCUCUGAACACAAGUUUGUCUUUUUGGUACAAAAAUGAACCAAACAACUGGACUGGAGAAAAUCCUGCUGGAGAGGACUGUGUUAUGAUGGGAGUACAAGGAGGAGCUACAGACCUGAAGUGUUGGUUUGACAGAUCCUGUAAAGUACCUCUAAGAAGAAUCUGUGAGAAAGCAGCUAAAACUGGAUGACUCAUGUGUGUUUGAAUCCAGUCAGAGACCAGUCCUCGGGUUAAACAAACAAAAUGUGAAGUUUGAUCUUUAAAUAUUUUACAUUUUUAACACAUCUUCAGGCAGAUCUCUGCUCUAAAUCAUUUUGAAAUUGCAAUGAUUAAAAGUGCUUUUAUCUUAAUAAAACAUCAUCCUGAACCUG